UUUAUACUUCAAAUUAAGAAUGCACUUCUAAACAACGUCUUACUACUUUACGUUUUUCAAUACGAUAAACCAUUCUUUCAAACUUUAAUGCUGACAACCAAACACCCUCCUUCGCUGGUGAGUUGAAAAGAAAAAACAUCAUUCAGUAAGUUUUUGAGCUUUACUAGUGUCUGUUUUUCUGCUGGUUGUGAUAAAAAAUCGUAUAUUGCGCAGUUUUUUUUAUUCUUCUUUAUUUAAGCCUUUUUCUCUACAUUCGCAGAGUCUGUAACAAAUACUGUUAUCUGUCAUUUUCUAUAUCCCGUAACGUCAAUAUGCGGCAAGAAUAUGUUGUUUCGCAAGUACAAGAAGAUGCACACGAGUUGGACAUUUAUGCGAUAAAAAUAGUUAAGGAUCAAUUAUGGUCUGUCUCCGGCGAUAAAAAACUGAAGGUCUGGGAUGCUGCUUCUGAUCAACAUGAGCUGUUAUUCGAAGUUGAAACACCACAUCAACUCGGUGCCCACAAACUGGAUGCAUCUUUAGAAAACGAACUCGCAGUAACUUGUGGUUUUGGUCAAGACGUUUGUUUAUGGAAUACGUCUACCGGAGAGACGGCACCGUUGGGUUCUGAAUGGACACAUCCUGGCGAAUGUUGGGCUGCGUGCACAAGCCCUGAUGGUAAUAUUCUUGCCUUUACCACUGUCGACGGUCAUCUGUGUAUAUGGGACAAACAAGAGAACACCAAGAUUGCAGAUUUAGACACUAAAGGCAAACUCGGGCUUUGCAUUGCAUAUUCUUCUGACGGUCGGUUCAUUGCCAGCGGCCAUCAAACCGGACAGUUGUUCUUGGUGAGUUCGGAGACAGGCAGACUGUUCCACAGUCUGCUUGGUCAUACCCAGCCAGUCCGCUCUGUUGCCUUCUCGCCCGGAUCGAAGCUGCUAGCGGCUGCCGGCGAUUCAAAAAUGAUUACGAUUUACGAUGUUAUGUCGGGCGACCAAGUCGCUCAACUCUCAGGACAUAAAUCCUGGGUGUUUGCCAUCGCUUUCAAUCCUGUGGGGGAUCUGCUUCUCUCGGCUGAUUCGAGCGGCGUUAUCAAAAUCUGGGACAUCGAUACGCUUCAAUGCAUCGGCACGCAAAGUGAAACCGACGGCGCAAUCUGGAGUGUUGCCUGGUACAAAACCGGCUUCAUCGUUGCUGGAGCAGACCGCUCUAUACGCUGGUACAGAGCGGCAGCCGCCGAAUAGGAUAAUGCGAUUAAUUGUGAUUGGCAGUAUUCAAAUUGCGGGGCUUUGGUGGGGUAGAAAGUUUGCUUUUGCCGAGAACAAACUCGCUUAAGUGAUCUUCAUAUGAAACCUAGUUACAACCUUAUUCGCAUCUGCUUUAAAA